CAGGAGGGCGUAGGCGUACUCUCCCCCAAAAGCCCCACGGAUCGGGUUCUUCUGGUGGUACCUGGCAACCGAGUGUUUGAAUCGCGGCUGGUCGAGUUUCAGGUCAGGAUCGGAGAUAGUGAAGUGUCUGCGCCUAAGUGAAAUUUUACAGUAAAACAAAAUGAGGGAGAUUGUGCACUUACAGGCAGGGCAGUGCGGAAACCAGAUUGGGGCAAAGUUUUGGGAAGUCAUCAGUGACGAGCAUGGCAUUGAUCCAACGGGCACAUACCAUGGGGACAGCGAUCUUCAGCUCGAGCGGAUCAAUGUUUACUACAAUGAGGCCACAGGUGGCAAAUAUGUACCUCGUGCAGUCCUGGUGGACUUGGAGCCUGGCACCAUGGACUCUGUGAGGUCUGGGCCCUUUGGCCAAAUCUUCCGACCUGACAACUUUGUGUUUGGUCAGAGUGGUGCUGGUAACAACUGGGCCAAAGGUCACUACACAGAGGGUGCUGAGCUGGUGGACUCGGUUCUUGAUGUGGUCAGAAAGGAGGCAGAGAGCUGUGAUUGUCUACAGGGAUUUCAGCUCACUCACUCCCUGGGUGGGGGCACUGGCUCUGGCAUGGGUACCUUACUGAUCAGCAAGAUUCGAGAAGAGUACCCUGACCGUAUCAUGAACACAUUCAGCGUUGUCCCCUCGCCCAAAGUGUCGGACACUGUUGUGGAGCCUUACAAUGCCACACUGUCUGUACAUCAGCUGGUGGAGAAUACAGACGAGACGUACUGCAUUGACAAUGAGGCUCUCUAUGACAUCUGUUUCCGCACACUUAAACUGACCACACCCACUUAUGGGGACCUCAACCACCUGGUCUCUGUCACCAUGAGUGGGGUCACAACAUGUCUGCGCUUCCCUGGCCAGCUGAACGCCGAUCUGCGCAAACUGGCAGUCAACAUGGUGCCCUUCCCUCGUCUGCACUUUUUCAUGCCGGGCUUCGCCCCACUCACCAGCAGAGGAAGCCAGCAGUACCGUGCUCUUACAGUUCCCGAGCUCACCCAGCAGAUGUUUGAUGCCAAGAACAUGAUGGCAGCAUGCGAUCCUCGCCAUGGACGUUACCUGACGGUGGCAGCUGUGUUCCGUGGCCGCAUGUCCAUGAAGGAGGUGGAUGAGCAGAUGCUGAAUGUGCAGAACAAGAACAGCAGCUACUUUGUGGAGUGGAUCCCCAACAACGUGAAGACCGCAGUCUGUGACAUUCCACCGAGAGGACUGAAGAUGGCAGCUACGUUUAUUGGUAACAGCACUGCCAUCCAGGAGCUGUUCAAGCGCAUCUCUGAGCAGUUCACGGCCAUGUUCAGGCGCAAGGCCUUCUUGCAUUGGUACACCGGAGAAGGAAUGGAUGAGAUGGAGUUCACAGAAGCAGAAAGCAACAUGAAUGACCUGGUGUCAGAGUACCAGCAGUACCAGGACGCCACAGCAGAAGAGGAAGGAGAGUUUGAGGAAGAGGGAGAGGAGGAGGCGGCCUGAGGAGUUUUACCUACCGCUCGUGUGACCUCUUAGUUCAAUCAGGGCUUUUACAUGUGUGUGUCUUCUGCCUUGAAGGUGUCUGUGUUUACCUGAAAGUCACUGUUUUUGUCUUUUUUUUUCCUUAUUUUUGUGUAAAGGGUGCAGUAAAGAAUUUAUUUUGGUCUGAGCCAUUCUUUAUACUGGGAUCGUGGUGUAAAAUAUUCUCUUAAUAAAGAUCUCCAGGUUUGA